UACAUGCGUGUAUUUACGUUCGGGCAAGAGCAGAAAAAUAGGAAACCCAUGAUUAAUGGUGAUAGCAGCUGAAAUUCCUCUUACGAAUUCAAACAAUUUAUUUAUGAGUUACGCGAUGAAAUCAUAUUUUCAGCUCGUACAUUAAUAAAUUCCAGUUCGAAAGCAAUAAAUCUCCGAACGGUCCAUAACUUUGAACAUUAAUCAGCGACUGUGAAAGUUACCGUGAAGUUUAUCUGUGUUUAAAUAUAUUAGUGGGACGGUUUUAAAGUGCGGGCUGUGCUUGCGAUUUAAUCGGUUAAACGCGAACUUAUGAAAAAUGUCUUCGCUGCUAUCGGCCGAAUUAGCAGCUACGUGCAACGCUUUGGGUUACUUCGACACCAAAACCAACAAAUAUUACGCUGAUGGCAACACUUUGGAAACUGUCAAGGAUCUUAUUAGAUACUUGCGGAGGGACGACGACAGUCGGGACAUCCGCAGACAAUUGGGGGAAACUAAAGUUCUACAGACUGAUCUACUGCCUCUAUUAACUAGUUACUGGGAGGAAACUGACCUCUUUGAUGUACUAUUAAGGUUAAUUGUAAAUUUAACUACUCCAGCUUUAAUGAUUUGGAAUGAAGAGGUACCAGCUGAAAAGACAACUAGAAAUCAUUACAUACAAGUCGAGGAGCAUCUCCAAUCUUAUAAGGAAGCUUUUGCUGAUGAAAAUGUCUGGGCUGUACUCAGUACUAGACUGAGCAAAAUUCUAGAAAUCGAUUACACGGAACGCGGCGACGAGAAUAGCCUAAUCAUCGAGAGGAUCCUGAUACUCAUCAGGAAUGUCCUGUACGUUCCCGCAGACCCGAUAGCCGAGAAGAGGACGGACAAUGAUGCCAGCGUCCACGACCAGGUUCUUUGGGCUCUCCAUCAGUCGGGAAUGUUGGACAUCAUUCUUUAUAUGACCAGUUCCACCAAUGAACAAGCAUAUUAUAUGCAUCUUUUGGAAAUCCUAUCAUACAUGCUUCGUGAACAGAAGGCUUCAGAACUGGCCUCUGCAGCUCUACAGAGAAGUCAAACCGAAAAACUUAGAGACGAAGCUGAGCUUCUGUCUAUCAGGAACAAAGAAAGCAACCAGAAGAGGAAACAAGCUAAGGCGUACACUGGAACAAGACAUUCUCGUUUUGGCGGUACAUAUGUAGUAAAGGCGAUGAAAUCGAUCAGUGAUAACGAAUUGAUUUACCACAAACCGUUGAAGAAGUUGGACGGGCUUAGUUUCGACUUGGACAAAAAGAAGCCGAAGACUCCCAAAAACCGUUUGCCGAUGCAAGAAACCACUGUGGAAAGAAAAUCGGCUUUUAGUAUUCGUUUGUUUUUAAAAGAAUUUUGUGUCGAGUUUUUAAAUGGGUCGUACAACACCAUGAUGUAUCACGUAAAGGACAACUUGUCCAGGGCUAAAGCUCAGGCUCACGAUGAGUCUUAUUAUUUGUGGGCAAUUAGGUUCUUCAUGGAGUUUAAUCGGUGUUACAAGUUUGAAGUUAAGUUGGUGAGCGAGACCAUGUCCGUACAAACCUUCCACUACGUACAACAGCAGAGCGAAAACUACUACGACCUAAUGUCCACCGACAAGAAGAAAUUUCGACUUUGGUCACGACGUCUUCAUCUCGCCCUUCUCGCUUACCGUGAACUCUUCUCCACUCUGUGCGCCAUGGACCGUUCUGACGACCAAGCAGUCCGUAACUCUUCGAAAGUUAUCAAGAGUAACAUAUUUUAUGUGAUGGAGUACAGGGAGUUUAUACUGACGUUGUUGGUCAACUACGAUGAAUUGAAGAUGUCAGAUGUGUAUCUGAAAGAUUUGUUAGAAACGCAGCAUCUGUUUCUGAAAAUGCUUGAAACUUUUGCUGGCAAGGAGGGUACUGUGUUAGUUCAGAAGAAAAGCAGAAAGAAGAAGAAAACCAAAUCAUCCGCCCAACCUAAAUCGCGGUCCGGUCCCACGGAACUAGACCUGGACGGUAUGUGGGACGAGGCCUCGCCCCAACUCUCCACGAUUCUGGAGGGCGUUCUCGAACUGGCCGAGCCUGUUGUGCCUUUUGAUGCAGCGUCCGAUGUCCCCAUUGACGACCAGAAGCCGGACGCCAUGAAAAACAUCCAGAGAAAAUUGAGGAGCGGCGACUACGAGAGUGCAAUCGGCCUAUUGCGUGCCGCCAGGGAAGUUUGGCCCGAGAACGAUAGUUUUGGGAGCGAUAACAUGGCACCCGAGGAGGAGUUUCUCGCGCUCAGGGACAUCUUCUUUGCUGAUUUAGGCGAAAACACAGUUGCACCAACUGAAGACCAAGCACCAGACACAGAAGAGGAAGACGACGAAGACGAUGAGGAGGAGGAGGAACAGCGUGUAGAAACCGAUUUUAAAUUGGCUGAUUUUAUUAACAGAUUGGCGAAUCCUAAAAUCAUAAGGGCAUGCGGCUUAGCUCUAAGAAAUUUCGAUAAGAAUUCGGUUAACACGAACCACUGCAUCGUUAAACUUUUACACCGAAUCGCUUUCGACUGUAAAAUGUACGUUAUGGUGUUUCAAGUGAGCAUUUUCAGGACGUUUCAGAAAAUUUAUUCCAUGAAGGACUUCCCCGAGUACAAGGAAUUAGUAAAAUUUGCAACAUACAUAAUGAGACAGUUCUUCAGAAUAGCAAAAGAAAACGACAGAGUGUAUUUGGAGUCGUUGUUUUGGAAAAGACCUAAUAACGCCUACGAAAUUGAACACGGUGAAGGAAGCUAUAAGGAAAAUAAUGCAACAGCUGCUCGAGCUUGGUCUGAAUAUGAGGAGGAUGAAUUGAGAAGACUAUUCAUGGAACACCAAAAGGAAAAUUACCAAGAAGAUGUUGUGGAUUGGAUCACAGCAAAUCGCAUCGACACUACGAAAACUAGAAAGCAAGUCUUAAGAAAAUUGAAGGAACUGCAUUUAAUUGUUGAUAAGAACAGCAGGAAAUCCAGUGGACCUGCUAAGUCUCAAAGCUGGGGUGCCCAAGAAGAAACGCAACUGAGGGAACUAUUCGAACAUUUCCAGGAUGCUAUAGAUCCGCUUACUUGCAUAAUAGACAGGCUGACAGUCAAAAGACCCAAAAAUCGGAUUAUCGAGAAACUUCUGGUCAUGGGGCUGAUACAAGACAAGUCGGAAAUGAGGAAAAAGCGGGCACCAAAAACUAAAUCCAGCAAAAAAUCCAAAGGAAACGCCGAAGAAUUGGAGUUCAUUAAUAGUGGAUCCGAUUCGUCUCAACCUCAAACCAGCACUAAAAAUCUUUCGAGCAAAAAGAGAAAAACAAAAACUAAGACUCAAAAAAUCAAUAAAAUAACGCGUCCACAAUUGAUCAAGCAAUUAAUACACAUAACCACUUUAGAUAUGAGCGAACCGUUGGAGUGGCUGAACGAGAGCUUAGCAGACGCCAUCGAGGACUAUGGGACAGGAGAUAAUGAGGGCAUUCCAUUAGUGCCCAUUUCGGAUUACGCCAUGACUGCUAUGGAGAAUCCAGAUUUUCAAAACCUUUUAAGAGCACUAGGCAUCGACGAACCGUCCAGUGAACAGGAAGCCUAUUGGAGAAUUCCUAGUCAUUUAACAAGAAAUGCAUUGCAAGAUUACUCCGAUUUAGUGAAGCAGGCCCUCGAUAACACUUUAACAAUACCUGAAGAAAAUGAGGAACCAGAGAUCAAGGAUUCUUCAUCUGACGACGGAGAAUCAGAAGUUGAAGAGCAAGAAGUCAAUAAUUCUUCUUCAGAUGAUGAAGAUCUUUUUGACAAAAUCAAAAAACAAGUGCAAGAAAAUAAAUUGAAAGAAAGAAUUAAAGAAUCUGCCAAAAAAACGAAAAUUACCCAAAUAGUAAAUGAAGCAAAUAUGGAACAAAGUGAACCUGGUCCUUCGCAAGUACAAAAAUCGAGAAAAAGAAAAAUUGCUAAUGUAGACGACAGUGAAGACAGUAAUGAUAUACCUGAAACUACUGAAGUAAGCGAUAAUGAGAAUAUGAACAAAGAAGACAACACGAUGGUUAAUAGAAAAAGACUUCGUCGAAUUACGGAGAGUGAUGAUGAAGGCGAUGUUACCAUUCAAAAUUCAUUGAAUGAAAGUGACAACGAGACAAAUGAAAAUAGCUCCAUUAGAAAAAGAAGCAUUCUCAAUAGCGAUGACGACGAAAAUAUGGAUGAAUCUCAAACAAAAAUAAUAGAUCAAAAUAAAUCAGAUCCAUCUCAAGCUAAAAAAGCCAAAAGAAAGAAAAUUGCCGUAGUAGAAGACAGUGAAGACAGUAACGAUGUACCUGAAAAUAUUGAAGCAAGCAACAGUGAGAAUAGAAUCAACGAAGAAUAUAACAGCCAAGUAAACGAAAAAUCAACUCGCCGAAUUGCGGAGAGUGAUGAUGAGGACGAAGCUUCCACUCAAAAUUCAAUGAGUGACAAGAAAACCAGUCCUCUUAGAAAAACAAGAAUUCUCGACAGUGAUGAUGAAGAAAGUGUCGAUAAAGAAAAUUUGAAUACAAUGAAUGUUACGGAGACAGAUAAUAAAAGAACAAGAUCCCUUUCUAAUUCAGAUUCUGAAAAACCUAAUAAAAAAAGAAAAACAAUUAUUGAUAGUGAUGAUGAAUAAAUAUUUUAGUUAAGUUUAAAAUAAUUUUUAAGUUUUUAUUAUACUUUUUGUAACUUGUAUUGUACAAUUUUAAUAAAUAUGUUUUCAAUUUG